AUGUUUCCACGGACCCGGUCUCCCGUUCCCAAUCCCGUGCAAGCUAGAGAUAUCCUUCCCAGACUGUUCCAGUUAUGGGACAAUGGACUAUCUCGGAGCGCCACGAAGGGCCCGGCCAAAAUUGGUGUAUGUGUCAGUGGUGGCCCUGAUUCUAUGGCAUUGGCAUAUCUCCUAAAGCAAGUUCCCAACAUAGAAAGCAAGCUCCGCAUCGAACCCUUCGCUUUCAUUGUGAAUCAUAAUGCUCGCCCGGGCAGUCAUAAGGAGGCCAAAUGGGUACAACACCUUUUGGAAAAGAUCGAUAUCAAAAGCAUCAUUCUUAAUAUGGAAUGGCCUGAGACCGACGACCCGGCACGUUUGCCAGACUUUGAAUCACACGCUCGGGAAUCCCGGUAUCAAUUGAUCGCAGAGGCAGCUAUCCGAAGGCACAUCCGUCACCUUUUUCUGGGACACCAUAAAGAUGACCAAAUCGAAACAAUCUUAAUGCGAUUAUUGCGAAAUUCGACCGGCAGCUCUCUCGGAUUGCAAGGCAUGCCCGAGGAGAGUGGCAUUCCGUGUUGCGAAAACAUUCGUGGCGCUCAUGAGAUGCAGAGCUACGAAAGGUUCCCCGACUGGCUUCGCCGAUACAAAGAUCAUGUACCAAGGGCAAUAGUGCGGCCUUUGGACACCAAUCUUGGAAAAGGAGUGACGAUGGCGUACCCAUCGGGCCUCCGCCUUCAUCGGCCUUUAUUACCGUUCUCCAAAAAGCAACUCAUCGACACUUGUAAAACGAACGACAUUGCCUAUGUCAAUGACAAGACAAACCACGACCCAACGCUAACACUACGGAAUGCUAUCCGACACUUGCGGAACAAUUAUAACCUCCCUCGAGCAUUACAAGAAACGUCCGUUCUCCAGCUACGUGAUUGGGCACAUCAAUCUGCAGUGGCGACUGUACGGCGUGGCACCGAACUCUUGCGUAUGAUCAAGAUCCGGAUUUUUGAUCUACGAUCCGGCAUGCUGAUGAUCGGUGUUCCCCAAGAAGUUGUGGCAGCCUGUAAGAACGAUCCCGCAGCCGGCGCAAAUGCACUUGCAAGACUGACGGGCGUUAUCACUCCUCGGUCCAGGGAAGAUAUUCCUACACUCGUCCCUAGGAGUCGUUUGGAAGAGUUUCUGGAGAAAAUGCAAUCUUCAGAGCCAGAAGUACUGAAUGUCCAGCGAGUUUUACUUGAGAAAAUAUGCAGCAUUUCAGACAUGCCGGAACGAGAAUCUUUGUGGAGGCUCUCCAGACAGCCCAUGCGCUCCGCUGAAGUGAUGCUUGCGAAACAAAACUUCCCACCAGAGAUGAAACCUGUCACGGUCGGCGAGGAAUCACCCGGGAUCUGGACAGUGGCCGUCGAUAAGGAAAAGGGCCUCUGGUCGAAAUGGAUUCUCUGGGAUCAUCGAUACUGGGUACGAGUGAGGACAAGAAAUUCCGCAACCCUCAGUCAGAUCCACAUUCGCCCUUAUCAUGAAAGCGAUCUAGAAAAGUUUACUCGUGCACUCGAGAAGGAAGAAAAGUCCAAUUUUCACCAAAUUUUGGCACAAGCGGCUCCAGGAAGCUCAAGGUAUACUCUACCAGUACUAACUUACCAGGACAAACUUUCAAUAUUUCCGACAUUAAACGUCAUGGGACCGAAAUCGGCGUCCAAAAUUCGGAAAUCACGUCUUACUCACCAUCCGAUCCUCGAGUGGGAGGUUUGCUACAAAGCUAUAGAUCAAACGAUUGUCGACCACCAAGUGAAGACUAUUGUAUGGAGGAAUGUCCAAGUACAGCGGCACUGA